UGUAGUUUUAUAUUUUCCCGCAUUGUUGAGAGGUUUUUUAUUAUAUGUUCCUGGUUAAAAUAUAAUUAUGAAGUUUUCACAGGAGCAAACAAUCAGAAGCGCAAAUGACAUGUAUUUGAAUGUUCACUGAACCGGUCUUUAGUGAUGUGUUUCAAUGAGUAUUUUUUCCCUGAGUAAUAGUCGUGGGUAACCCAAUAAGAUCGAUCUGUAGAUCAGCUCACGGUCCUUAUAGCAGAUCAGUUCAAUUAAGGCAUGAUUUGAGUCAUCGGACAACUCUCGGCCCAGUUCACAUAGUUAUAGUGCUGAUAAUUUAGUUGUUGAGCCACGACUCAACGAUCGAAGACUGUAAGUUGAUCUGUUUAACCGACUCAGAGAUUUAUACGUCUACAGUAGGUUUUUUUCUUUAUAGACAUACAUUCUCAAGAUGAGAUUAUAACGACUUUAUCACAACUACAAAAUGAGAUCUGCGUUAAAUUCUUCUAUACACCAAAUAAUUAUACAGCAGACGAGAAAGAUAAGAUUCUUUUUAUAAAUAAUCCAGAUAAAAGAAAGAACUGUCCGCCGAGUAUAUACAAUUUCACCGGCAGUGUUAUAGAUAUGCCUAUAGGUUAUAAAUGUAUAAAUAGCAAGGAUAUCGCUAGAAUUGUAAUGGAAAUGCUACGAGCGAGCGUCGAACAAACGGUUUCGACAAUCAACAGCUACGAUUUGGUGAAGAAAUUCCAAGAACGUGAUGCAGAUUCGACCCAUCCAACACUUCUAACGCCGCCUGAUAGGAACUACAUAAAUGCACAUUACCACGUAGAAUGCGGAGCUCAAGCGCAACGUUCAGUCGCGUCUAGACGACUAGGGGAUACUUCGGACGCUUUGCGAUUAACUUCUGAUAACACGGAGUAUUAUAAAGACAAGAUAUGGCCUUUGGCAAUAGUUAUGUACGGUGUUGAUGAGAAAAUGCGUACUACACCAGAUUAUAACCUCCUCAAAUACGCAAUGACCACAAUCGAGUUAGGCAGUUGUGUUGUAUUUCAAGAGAUUGACACUAACGAUGCCGUUUUAAAACCUAAGAAUUAUCUCUGGUUCACAAACGAUGGAGAGGAAGUUCCUGUACUUGGGUUUAAAGAAGGAAAGCAGACUAUAAAUCUAGAAUCUAUGGUGCACGGAGCUCCGGGCCACGCCGCCCACGUGCUUGUGAACCUAAUGCGGGCUUUAGGCGUGCCGAUGAUGUCAAAUAGAUUCGACAGAGACAACUAUGUUACUAUAGAUUGGAGGAAAAUACAAAAAGGUAAAGAACAUCAUUUCGAGCGCGCCCCAGCUGCGGCUUGGGUCUCCACUCCAUACGAUUUCGACAGCGUGACGCACGCGCCCGCUAACUACAUGUGCGGUGACUGCGACCUCGGCGGGCAAAGUGUUAAACCGCUACAGGACCAUCUCUGGCAGAGGACAUUGUCUAUGGGUCACGUGACGCAACCCUCAGACGCCGAUAGCAGACUUUUAGAUUUAUUGUAUCGAGAUGAAUGUAGAGAGAGAAUAGUGUCGGAUAAUUUAGAGGUUAUGAAGAAAAAAACUGACCGAUAA